AUGAAAGGUGAUAGAAUGCCAACAAUUCUCUCACCUUUGGCAAAUGCCAUGGGUGAUGAGUAUACAGAUACUUGGUUUGAUUUCUUAUUAAAUCCAAUUAAAUUAAUUAAUCAUUUACAAGAUUUAAGUAUUGGUAAAUCGAAUCAUCCAAAUGUAUCAUCAAUAAUUAAAACACUUUUAAAACAAUAUGAAAAAUAUACAGCGCAACAACAACAACAUCAAACUGAACAACAACAACAACAACAACAAUCUUCUGCAAAUACUUCACCUUCUUCAACACCACCACCACCACCAUCAUCACAAACAACAAAUACUACCACUACUACGAGUACUUCAUCAUCAACACAAACAGGGUUAUCAUCUUCAUCAGGUGGUAUUAAUAAUAAUAAUGGUACAUUAACAACAUCAAAAAGAUCAAAAUUAAUCAUUGAUUUAGUUAUUAGUGUAAUUACAACUUUAAAAUUUUCGUUAGAUGAUUUUGAAAAGAAUAUACCAAUUAAACAUCAAAGAAAUAUAUUAGAACAAUUAGAGUCUAAAACAGAUGUAGAUAUAGAGUAUAUAACAUUUUUAAAUAGAUGGAUACUUAGAGGUAUUAUUAAAGGUACUCCAAUUAAAUAUUUAUUAUCAAAUUAUUCAAGUUCACCAUCCUCACCAAAUUUAAUAUCUGUAAACCAACAACAGCAACAACAACAACAAUCAAAUAUAUCAAAUGCACCAAUGACACCACCUUCAACACCACCACCAACUCCACCCUCUUUCAUUUCAUUAUCUUCAAAUGUUUCAUCAUCGUCAUCAUCAGUAAAUAAAGAUAUAAUUGAUACAACAACAUCAUUAGAAGAAUUAUUUUAUAAAUCAAAUUUAUUUUUAAAUGAAUGGAUAUCAGAGAAUUAUGAUAGCAAUAAGCCAUCAGAUGUUGAUAAAGUUGUACCAAUUAUAUUAUUUGAAUUGGGUGAAUUUCAAUUUUAUAAAGAGAAUUUUUAUGAUGCUCAACUAUUAUUUGAUAGAGCAAAUAAAAUUAUAAAUUCUCCACAUGUCUUGGAAAUCAUUGAAAAAUCAGAACAACUAUAUAAACAAGCAUCAUUCAUAAAAGGUGUAGUAGGUAACAAGUUACAACAAUUAUCAAUCUAUAAAGAAAAGAUAGAAUGUUUAAUUAUAGCAUGCAAAACAAUUGAUUUAUAUGAUAGUGAAAAACAAAAACCAAUGGAUACAACCACAGCUACAACCAUUCCAGUUCAAUAUGAAAAUAAUAAAAAUUUUCAAAUUGAAAAGGCUUUAGCAUCAAAUAAUCUUUUGAAAAUUAUUGAAAUAUUAAAUUCAGAUAUCACAGAUUUCAAUAUAUCAACCUCUCUAGAUAUUGAAUUUAGGUUAAAUUUAGAAUUAAAUAAAUUUUUAUCAUCAAGACAAACAGAAAUUUAUUUUAGUAAUUUAUUAAAAUCAACUUUAAUACAAUAUAAUUAUAAAACUUAUUAUUUAGAUGAAUUUAAAAAGUUGGAUAAAGAAUCAAUACAAUUAUUUUUUUCAAUGGUAGAAAUGGUUAUAAAAAUUUUAAAUGAUGAUAGAUUAAUAGAUAGUAUUCAUUUUCUUUUAUUUAAAAUAUAUAAUAUUUUAUUUAAUGACGAGAAAUUAAAUUGUAAUACCACUAGGAAUAGUCGUCGUAUUUUCAUUCAAACCCUCAAUUCCAAAUUUCCAAAUUUAUAUAAAAAGAUUAAAUAUAGCAAUGAUAAUAUUAUCCAUGAUGAAUUAAUAGAUAUCAAUUCGAAUGGUGUUUGUAGUAGUGGUGGUGGUGGUGGUGAUAACACUGAUAAAGAUGGUAGUAGUAGUAGUGUUAGUGAAAGUGAAAUGAAUAAAUAUAUAGAUAGUAAAUUAAUAUUUGAUAAAUUUAUUAUAGAAGAUAAUGAUCCUAUAAAGAUUUAUAAUCUUGUUGAAUCAUUUAAAAAAGAUUAUUCAUUAAGUGAACAACAAACUCAAUUAAUCUAUUAUCAAAAAGCUAUGGAUCUAUUUGGAAUGGGAAAUUUGAAAGCAUCAUCAACAAUUUUAAUCGAUUAUUUAGGUGGUAAUGAUGGUUGUAGUGGUGAUUAUAGUAAACCAUCUUCAAAUUCUGUAGAUUAUCAAUUAUUUUUAUAUGGUAUUAUUUUAAAAAAUUAUAAAAAACCAACAACAACAACAACAACAACAUCGACAACAACGGCAACAACAACGGCAACCAAUACAAAUGGAAAAGCAAAAACCAAUUCAGCAGUCACCGAAUCAUUUAAACUUUUAUUAGAUAAACAUGGUCCACCAUCUGAAUUUAUAGCUGAAAGAAUGUUUUCAAUAUUAAUCGAUAGAUCGAAAUGGGAAACUGUAAAAUCCAUUUCAAACCUACUAAAAGUAUGUAAUGAAUCACCCUAUUCCGAUGCAUCACCAACAUUUUGUGAACUUGUAUAUAUUGUAGAAUUUUUAGCAUCAAUAGGAAAACAAAUGGAUAAUGAAAAUAAAGAAAAGAAAUUAAUUCAAAAUCAAACCCCAAUGGCAGUUGAUGAUGAUUUAAAUAAUAAUAGUAAUAGUAAUAAUGAAAAUAUCAAAUCUGAAAAUGAAACAUAUAAAAUUAAAACCGAAAAUAAUAAUAAUAAUGGUACUGUUGAUACGACAAAUACAGAUGACAACAGUAAUGGUAAUACUACUAGUAGUAGCGAUAACGAUAAUAACAAUAAUAAUAAUAUGAAUGGAAGUGAUCGUGAUGAUAGUGAUAUGGAUAUUGAUGAUGAAGAUAUUCAAAGAUAUGCAAAACCUAUUCAAACAACAACCUCAACAACAGCAACAACAGCAACAACUUCUCAAUCAUCAUUGAAUAAAACAAAAAUUAAUUCUAAAAGUGAAGAACUUUAUAUUGGAUUCAUUAGUUCCAUAUUACCAACAUAUGAUCAAAAAAGUUAUCAUUGGACAUUUUAUAAAAGUAAUACAUUUUAUAGUAAAAACUCUGCUGAAAUAUCUGGAAUUUUAAAUCUUUUAGAAAAGAAAUCACUUUUUAAUCGUGUGAUUUUCAUUUUUGUUGGUUUAAUUCAUUCAAUACAAACCUAUAAAAAAGUUCAAAAUGAUUUAAAUUUAGAUCUUUAUAAUGAAAUUUCAAAUCAAAUUUCAAAUACUAUAACAUUUCCAAAGUAUACAUCAUUUAUCUUUAAUUUAUAA